AAGUUGUGUAUGUUGUCACCGGAACAAAAGGCAUGUUCCAUUCCGCUUCAGAGAUGUACAUAAAGGAGUACGAAGAAGAGGUUUCAGGGUAAGUGAGAAAUGGAGGAGAAGGGGUCGAAACAGUGGAAUUUCGGAGCGAACAAAGCUCUUGAAAGGUCGAGUAAGGACGGCCUUCGAGAGGUUCUCCACAUACUGCGUUCAAGUCUCGACCCUUCCGAGAGCAGACCCGUCAUUGCUCUCGGACACGGCGACCCUUCCUCCUUCCCCAGCUUCCGCAUCGAUGAGGCCACUGAGAAUGCUGUCGCCAAAGCUCUCCUCUCCGCCAAGUUUAACAGCUAUUCUUAUACCUCCGGUAUCCCUAUUGCCAGGAAGGCUGUUGCGGAGUAUAUCUCCCGGGAUUUGUCGUACAAAGUAUCGCCAGAAGAAGUGCAUGUAGUUGCUGGUUGCAAGCAAGGGAUAGAGGUUCUGAUAUCAGUACUGGCUCGUCCUGGAGCCAACAUCCUGCUGCCAAGGCCUGGUUUCUCGGCUUACGGGUCCCGAGCCUCUUUCAGCCAACUCGAGGUCCGAUAUUUCAACCUCUUGCCCGAUAAGGGCUGGGAGGUCGAUCUUGAUGCUGUUAAAGCUUUGGCAGACGAUAAAACCGCUGCCAUGCUGAUUAUAAACCCUUGCAAUCCUUGUGGAAAUGUACUCUCUCGUCAACAUCUGCGAAAGAUUGCUGAGACGGCUCGAGAGCUGAGAAUAAUGGUGAUAGCAGACGAAGUAUACGAGCGUUUCGUGUUUGGGAGCGAAGCAUUUGUGUCGAUGGCAGAGUAUGCAGAGAUAGCACCCGUGAUCAAGCUGGGUGGCUUAUCAAAGGGUUGGUUCUUACCUGGCUGGAGACUUGGUUGGAUUGUCACUUUUGACCCUCACCACAUCCUUAAACAAUCCGGGUUUGUGAGGAGUCUAAACAACUAUCUCAACAUGACGACCGACGCCGUGACAUUUAUUCAGGGGGCGAUCCCUGAAAUACUCGGAAAAGAAGAUAGGUUUUACAUGAAACUGGAGUUGAUAAGAGAAUGUGGAGAGAUAUGUUACGAGGAGAUGAAGAAGAUCCCCUGCCUCAACUGCCCCUCCAAACCCCAAGGAUCAAUGUUUCUGAUGGUAAGGUUAAAGCUCUGGUUGCUUGAAGACAUUAGAGAUGACUUGGACUUCUGCUGCAAAUUGGCCAAAGAGGAAUCGCUUAUCAUCCUGCCUGGUAGAGCAGUUGGACUCAAGAACUGGCUCCGGAUCACAUUCGCAGUUGAGGUUCAAUCUCUUAGAGACGCAAUUUCCAGACUAAAGAGUUUCGUCCACAGGCACUCUCUAAAGUGAAUGAGGCUGUCCCCUCUUCUUAGUUCCUUUCAAUGAAUGUAUGCCUCAAAGUAUGAACCUUUUUUUUUUUUUUAUGUUUUAUCUGUUUUGUUGCUCAAUAAUCCUCUCAUGUGCUAGCUCUUACCGUUGGAAGCCCAUGAGACAAGGGCCCAAAAAAGAACCAUAUUUUGCUUUACCGUUGAAAAAGAACGGACCCAUAUGCCGCCGUCAAGAUUCAAA